AAAAAAUAGAGACAAACAGAGCUGAGGUGAAAAGGAGAGAGAGACAAUCAUCAUCAUCGUCGUCACCGCAAUGUGCUCAGUCUUUAGGGUUUCUGAUGCAAAUGCGACCCAUUGAAUAACCCUAAAGACAAAUUUCAAGAAUUUUUCCUCUUCUCCUUUCCCCAGAUCCCAAGAUUUUGGUUUGCAGCAGAAAAUUACGGAGAAAAAAAAUCUGUCCAAAUUCCAGGUCCAUUCCAGAAUUUUACAUGCGGCGGUCAAAGUGAUCCUCUGCCUGUGAAGAGAAGGGUGAAAACAAUGGGAGAAACUGGAAAUUAGUCCAAGAAAAACGAUGCUGCACAUAUUUCUUGUGUUUUUCAUCCUUUCUCUUACUGGUUACAUUAACUGCGCUACGGACCCAAAUGACCUCAAAAUUCUCAACGAUUUCAAGAACGGUCUGAAAAAUCCGGAGCUCCUUAAAUGGCCCGAAAAUGGAAAUGAUCCAUGUGGGCCCCCCAAAUGGGAUUACGUGUUCUGCUCUAAUGACCGAGUGACUCAGAUUCAGGUUCAGGGCCUCGGGCUUGAAGGGACUUUGCCCCAGAACCUGAACCAGCUGGAAAUGCUCGAAAACCUCGGCCUGCAAAAGAACAAAUUCUACGGAAAAAUGCCGACUUUUAACGGAUUGUCGAACCUCCAGUACGCAUUCCUGGAUUUCAACCAGUUUGACACGAUCCCAUUCGACUUUUUCCGUGGUCUCACGAGCGUUCAGGUCUUGGCCCUGGACGAAAACCCGUUUAAUCAGACUUCGGGCUGGGCUUUACCAACUGAUCUCGCAGAAUGUACUCAGCUGGUCAACUUCUCUUGUUCACAGUGUAACGUAAUCGGGCAAUUACCCGAUUUUCUCGGGAAAUUGCCGUCACUCACCUCCUUAGAGCUGUCGUAUAACCGUCUGUCUGGCAGCCUCCCCUCGACUUUUCGCGACACAAUGCUGCAAAUACUUUGGCUGAACAAUCAGGACGAAAACGGGCUUUCAGGCCCGAUUGACGUGAUGGGGUCAAUGACCGGGCUCACGACCGUUUGGCUCCAAGGGAAUAAGUUCACGGGCCCAAUCCCGGGCUCUAUCGGGAGCCUGACCUCUUUGAAAGAACUCAACCUCAACGGAAACCAUUUAGUCGGGCUCGUCCCUCCGGCCUUGGCUGAGCUCAGCCUCGAGCUCUUGGAUCUUAACAACAACAUGCUCAUGGGCCCGAUUCCCAAGUUCAAGGCCCGUAAAGUCACUUACUCGUCAAAUUCCUUCUGUCAGGCCAAGCCCGGCGACCCGUGUUCCCCAGAAGUGAGUGCCCUUUUGGAAUUCCUUGGUGAACUUGGCUAUCCGGUUCAACUUGCUUCACUUUGGUCGGGCAAUUAUCCUUGUAAGCAGUCGUGGAGAGGCAUUUCUUGUAAUUCUAUGGGCGAGGUUACUGUCGUAAAUUUGCAGCAUCUCGGGCUUAACGGCACUCUAAGCCCAUCUCUUGCCAACUUAUCGUCCCUGCGAGAGAUUCACUUGGAAGGAAACAAUCUCCACGGCACUGUCCCAGAAAAACUGACUCGACUAGCCUUCUUGAGAGUGUUGAACUUAAACGGGAACAAUUUCGACAAGCCGUUACCUCAAUUCCGCGGCAACGUCACUGUCGUCACCACAGGUAAUCCGAAAUUCGAAUCGAGCGGCCCAUCUCCACCCAACAAUUCAGAUUCACCAAACAAUAACAGUAAUAACCGUAACAGUAAUCCACCGUCAGGUGAGGUUAAUCGACGGCAGCCAAAUGCACCUUCCUCUGGCAUCCCGAGCCUUAACUCGCCAAGCCCGGAAAAAUCAAGAAUCACGACAAUGGCAGCUGCCGCUGCUGGCUCAACCGUCCUAUUGGCCCUUGUGGCCGUACUCUUCGUCUACUGCCUCCGCAGAAAAAAGAAACUUGCCAAGAAUGCCCCUGCCCGAGUCGCAAGCCAUAAAGACUCUUUGAAAGAUCCUUACAAUAACAAUAACAAUAACAACAGCAUGUUCAAGAUCGGGUCCACGGACGUGGGCCGGGCCAGCAGUGCCGGGAGCCGGGCCAGCUACGGGCCGGACAGCAUGGAGCCCGGAAGCCCGUCAAUCUCGGUCCACGUCCUCCGUAAGGUCACUGACAAUUUUGCCCCCGAGAACGAGAUUGGCCGCGGAGGGUUCGGAGUCGUGUACAAGGGGGAGUUGGAAGACGGCACACAGCUGGCGGUGAAGAGGAUGGUGGUGGGGUCCAUGGGAAGCAAGGCCCUCGACGAGUUCCGGUCUGAAAUCGAGGUUCUCUCGAACGUUCGCCACCGGAAUUUGGUGUCUCUCUUGGGGUUUGCUGUCGAGGGGGACGAGAGGCUACUGGUUUACGAGUACAUGCCUCAGGGGGCUCUCAGCAGGCGACUUUUCCGGUGGAAGAGCUUGGGGCUGGAGCCGCUGUCGUGGACGAGCAGGCUUUGGAUAGCGCUCGAUGUUGCGCGUGGAGUUGAGUAUUUACAUAGCCUGGCACACCAUAGCUUCAUACACAGAGACCUGAAAUCGGCGAAUAUUCUUCUGGAUGAUGAGUUGAGGGCGAAGGUUUCGGAUUUUGGGCUGGUGAAGUUGGCGCCGGAUAGGGAGAUGUCGGUGGCGACUAGGCUGGCGGGGACGUUCGGGUAUCUUGCCCCAGAGUAUGCUGUGACGGGCAAAAUCACAACAAAAGUUGACGUGUUCAGCUUCGGAGUCGUCCUCAUGGAACUCCUGACCGGACUAGUCGCCCUCGACGAGACAAGGCCCGAGGAAAAACGAUACUUGGCCGAGUGGUUCUGGCAAAUAAAAUCGAAAAAGGAGUCCCUCAUAGCUUCAGUGGACCCUGCCCUGAAUGCUGACGAAGACAUCCACGAGAGCAUACACCUCAUCGCCACCCUGGCGGGCCACUGCACGACCCGCGACCCAAACCACCGCCCGGAAAUGGGCCACGCGGUUAGUGUGCUGGCCCAAUUGGUCGAGAGAUGGAGGCCCCACGAGGAUAUCGAUAGAGAGUCUUGCGUGAGCAUGGAUUUGCCCCUGCCACAGAUGCUGAAGGGAUGGCAGCAGGAAGAGCAAGGUUUGAGUCGGGAUUAUAGCUACGCGAGUCAGGAUAGCAAAGGGAGCAUCCCGAACAAGCCCUCGGGUUUUGCCGACUCGUUCACGUCUGUUGAUGCUCGAUAAUUUUUUUUUUUUUUCUUUUU